AUGACUCCGGAUCCUUUCCUGCCCGUCGCGCCGGCGAGGGUCAAGACACUGGUGUUGCCUAUAGGAAGGAUUAAGCGUGACCGCUUUGACACCUUUGUCAAGAGCCUGAACACCGAGAAUGUCGUCCAGCUACGCGACGUCACCGCCGAUGGCCGGCCGAACAGAAAUAUGUUCACUCCUCUGGCCUUCCCCGACGGCGCCAUGUUCUACGAUCUCAUGACCCACGUCCCACCCCCUUCGCACCUUGCGCUGGUGCCCUUUGAUUUGUACCGCGAACCGCUGGCCCUACUUGCCAUUGCCGAUGGCUCCGAGAUCAAUAAUGUUGUUCUCAGCAAGAGGCAAUCUGGCGGCAGGACAGUCGCCGAAACAAACAUACGCUCGCUCGACCAGGAGUUGGAAGACCUAAGAGACCGCUACCCCAGGAUACUCGUUCACCAGGUCCUGCUGUUCGACUAUGUGCCCUCCGAAGAAAACCCAAUACCAAUUCCUGAAGGCAUCGUCACGAUCCCGCCACCCGAAAAACACAAAAGAACUACCAUGAAGACGGUCAUGUGUGACAUAUCCUCGUUGAUUCUGGCCGAGAUGACCACUCUCGCCAAAUCAUAUGAGGGUAUGACCUUUAUCGACUCACCCGGUCACGCUUCCAGCGCCGAACAGAUGUAUGGGGGACAAGGACCUCUAGGAGACCCUUCGAGGAGGAAUUCCCAGUUCGCAUUGCCAACCAACCGAUCAGUCUCAGCAAGCGGGCUUAUAGAUAGGGGACAUCAGUCGCGCAUGUCCAUGCCUCCUGUCCCUUUCAAGGGAGGCGCUUUUGGAUCCAACCGUGCAGUUUCCGGCCAACCUGCGACACCACCAAAUGGAAGAAGUGGGUUAUCCAAUCCGCCUACGAAUUUUGACGACAUUGCGACAGGCGAAUCGGUCAGCCCUGAGAAGGCAUUGCCUCCGCGUCCCGAUUUUAUGGAUGUGUUCAGGACCCAGAGCCAGGACAGGGUAUCAGUCCAGGGAUUUGGAUCGGGCGGAUCGACCGACAAGAAGUUGCACAGGGGAAAGAGCAGGUUCCAGAUCGUCUUGGGCUCCCUGUAUCUCCAGGCUGGUCGGUGGAUUGACGCGCUCAGAGAGCUGACUGAGGGUGCAACUGGCGCCAAAUCGACUAAUGAUCACAUUUGGCACGGAAAGGCCCUAGAGCUCUCUCUUAUAGCACUGUUGCUGCUGGGUUGGGCGGGCAUCGAAUUCGACGUACAUCCUAUCCUGCUGCCAAAUGCAGACAAAGGGACAGCGCUCGCGAACCAGAUCCUGGAGGCCGAACAGAAGGACCCAAAUCAACCGCGCUGGCUACGGAGACUACAGGUGUACAUCCCAGAGUUGCUCGAGCGUAUCAUCAGCCUCUACUCGAGGAUAACAGCCGAAAACCUCCAACUACUACCCAUGUCUGAGACCAUCAUCCGUUUCUGCAAAAUGCUCACUGCUCUGCAUGUCGUGGAUGGGAAGCUUGAUGAAAGGUCUUUGGAGAUGAUGGUCCUUGGUACACCACCGCCAAAACAGCUGACCACGUCUCCUCGAUUUAAUAUUAUCCCAACAAGGACUCAUAUCCUGUCGACCUUAAUGAAGGCCUACCCGGGUUCUGCUUCCGAAUUGCUGACUACCGCUGACCGAAUAGUACUCCUCAGCGGCAUUGCAUCAGUCUUGGGAGUGCUAGGUUUCCAGAGGAAGAAGGCCAUGGUCGUCAGGGACUUGGUAUCGGUUCUGAUCGGUGGAUUGGUGGAAGCGCGCACCAGGGGAGCCGCAGAUGUUGGGAUUCAUCCCGCAGCUGGGCUUGUCGGUCUUAAUGGGCUCGGCGGGAACGGCCAUGCUGGUGCGCUGGAUCUUACAGAAAAUGACAUCGAGCAUGGUGUCGGUGCCUUUCUCGGUCUCCUACUCAGGACGUACGGAGUGGUAACCGUUGACCCGGGCUCGACAGCAUCUUUGGAAGAAUCAGCCACAAGAGAUGACUCUGACGAAGCGGUAGUUUCAAGAAUAUUGAAACAGUCCGAUUUACGAAAUUUCGGUAUGCAAGAUAUCAAGCUCAACAUUUUAAGGACGUGCGUCAGCUUCUCUGAAGCGCUUCCAGACUUUGCUGGAGUAUUGAAAUACUCAAGCGAUCUUCUACGGACGGCUGGAAGCGGUACCGCUCCGGGCCUGCGGCGCGAGGACGCUUACCCGGCAGUCCAUCGAGAAGACCAGAUACGCUUCGCUACCAACAUCUCGAAAACAUCCAAUCUUGCCAAACGCUUGGGUAUGGGUCAUUUGGCGGCCGAGUAUUGGGACGAGUUUCUUCUCAGAGGCGUUAAGCUCGAACCCUUAGCCACGACACGAACACCAGUUUCACAUGCUCGGAGCGUACUGCCUAAUGCCGUGGCCACAACGAGGACCUCGCAGGACGUCAAUCCAUUCAUCUAUAACCCCUUCUUGAAACAGCCAGCCGCAGCAGAUGUCGAAAAGGUUCUGGUUGCUGGAGAGGCGGCAACGUUCAGGCUUACCUUCCAAAACACAUUCGAGAUGGAUCUAGAGCUGGAGAGCAUCCGCCUAAAUACCGAAGGAACCGAGUUCGAAUCCGCAGUCGAAAGUCUUGUUGUAGGGCCUUAUCGUACCCAAGUCCUCAGGAUUUCAGGAAUGCCGAAAGCUGCGGGGACCUUGAGGAUCAAGGGUGCUAUCAUCAAAGUAAGGGGCUGCCGUGAAAGGAGGUUCCCCAUUUUCAUUGAGCAGUGGGCUCCUGAGAAAGAACCCAAGGUGAAAGGAAUCGGCCUCGCGGCGCUGGAUGUUGCUCUGGCGAAGCGCACACCUCCAACACACCGUCCAAAGCCAGCAAGCCUUGAGCUCAACGUCAUUGCCGAACAACCUGCUGUAGUCGUCAAGUCUUCAUCGCUUCCCCAGUCAUCGGUUAUGAUCCUUGAAGGGGAACGCCAGAAGUUUUCGGUCACACUACAGAACCUGUCAGAGACGACCCCGGUCGAUUUUCUGCUGUUUUCCUUCCAGGACUCGACUCAGGAGCCAUUGCAGGCCGCAAUGGCCAGCAGAGAUGCCACUCCCGCUGAGCUUUACGAAUAUGAGCUCAUCCUUGCCAAGAAGCAGGCUCUUCGCAUCUGCAAGGAGGGGAACCAGAAAAGAUACAUUCCACCUGGGGGAACAGCAACCUUUGACUUUGAGAUUCUUGGGAAACCUGGUCUUACCCACGGCCUCAUCCAGGUUGACUAUGCUUACCUAGGCGUGCCUCCCGACGAGCUAGAAGGAGAGAGGUUCUUCACUCGUCAGGUCUCGUUGGCACUUACUGUUACUGUCAAUGCCAGUAUCGAAAUAGUCCGCAUGGAUGUCUUCCCACUGCACGGCAGCAUCCCUGAACCUCUCUGGUUACGGGCAGGUAGUAACAGGGAGAGCACGUCUCAACUCACCGCCGAUACGCAUUGCCUGCUGAUGCUGGAUUUGCGCAAUUCUUGGCCGAGUAACAUGGUGGUCCAGCUCGAGUCAGAGGACGGAGCUAGGCUGGAGGAGCAUAUCCUUCCUGGAAACGUCAACAGAGUAAUCUUCCCCAUCAAGCGCGUUUACCUGGAGGACCCUUAUGCGUUCAUUCCUGUGUUGAACCCUUCCCGACAGAGGCAGUUCGUUGUCAGUUCAAAGCUUACGCCCGAGAUGGAACGAGCCAACCGUGAGGCGUUCUGGUACAGGGAGAGGGUUCUAGACUCGCUCAAGGGAACGUGGCGAACCGGGCCAGGAGGGGGCACCAUCGCUGGUGGUAGGAACGGAAGCAUUGAGCUAAGAGCCAUGAGGUUGACGAGCCGCAUGAUCGAGGCGGUAAAGGUGGAUGAGAUUGGAAUCGAAAUUUCCCUUCUGGAUGCAUCCGCUUCGCCAUCCAACACCCUUGAAGACCAAAAACACAUGUCACACGCAAUCGCCAAGGUCGAAUCCUUCUUACAGCUCCGCGUCGCUGUCACCAACCGCACAAACCAGCCCAUCUACCCACUCGUCCGCCUCAUGCCUUCCCUAUGUCACCGACCGCUCAACGUCGCGCUCGACUUCACCCGCAAGUUUGCCUGGAACGGCACCUUACAGAAAGCACUACCUCUUUUGGCGGGUGGAGAGAAAGCCGAGGUCGUUAUGGGCGUCACGGCGCUGUGUAGAGGCGAGUUUGAGAUCUCUGCGAGCGUGGAAGAGACGAUGGUGUGGAGGCCGAGUGAGGAGGAGGAAGAGGAGAGGCGCAAGAGGAGGAGCGAGGCGGAGAAGAUGCAGGAUGCAGCUAUGGGGAUGGAGAUUGCGGGCAGUAAAAGAGAGAGGAGGGUGUGGUGCUCUAGGAGACCUGCUAGGGUUGUUGUGGUUAGGAAUGAUGGGGAUGAGUGA